AUGCUUGUUGUCGGCAUGUGGUAUACGCACCCAGAGCAAGUCUUGUGUUCCAGCUUUCGGUACUCAUUUAGCGGCGGAUGGUUGGUCAUCUCACCACUCGUCAAUUACGGACUGGGCCAUAUAUCCGGAGCCGGUCUGCACCCCUGGCAACACAUAUACUUGAUCGCAGGUGCGAGUACUUUCCUCUGGGGAAUAGCCCUGUGGUGGCUCUUCCCGGAAACUCCGCAGCAAGCCCCAGGGUUUGAUGAAUAUGAGAGGAGUCUCCUUCUGGAACGCAUCAAGGCAAACAAUGCAGGAUCUGAAAACCACAAUUUCAAGGUCCACUAUGUGCGAAAGGCAUUUAGCAACUAUCAAUUCUGGGGUCUAAUUCUUUUGUCCAUCACGACUUGUACUGGCGGUGGUGUUGUAAAUACAUUUUCAUCCAUUGUUCUCAACGGCAUGGGGUUCACCAACUUCCAGUCUCUUUUGCUCAACCUUUCCAAUGGGGGAAUGGCUUUCCUCUGUAUCCUGGGAUCAGGGUACAUUGUGGGAGGAUGGUGGAACUUAUCAGUUUCUGUGCGAGCAGGCCGGAUUAUUGGCUUUUAUCUUAUCAACUGCUUUUCUUCUGGUUGGGUUCAAUGCAUUGGUCUCGGCAUAUCAAACGUCGCAGGCAAUACAAAGAAGUCUGUCUAUGCUGCAGGUACAUUCGUUGGCUAUUCAGUAGGGAAUAUCGUUGGUCCAUUAGUGUUUGAUGCCAAAUAUGCACCACGAUAUAAAGAAAGCUUUAUUGGUAUUAUGGUUUGCUUUAGAGUCUCUUUCUUUAUUACCUUAUGUUUGAGAGCCGCGUUAGCGAGGGAAAAUACCAAGAGACAAAGCAAAUACGGAGAUCCGGAGCUGAGUGAUGGUUUGGAAGAUUUGACUGAUCGAGAAAAUAUGUCGUUUAGAUAUAAUCUCUAG